AUGACCAAAGUCUUUGAUGCCGCCGAAGUCGCAAAACAUAACACCCCCGAAAGCUGCUGGGUCAUUCUCUAUGGCAAAGUAUACGACGUAACGAGCUUUAUCUACGACCACCCAGGCGGCGCCAAGAUCAUCCUCAAGCUCGCCGGGAAAGAUGCCACCGAAGACUACGACCCCGUCCACCCGCCAGGAACCCUAGAGGAGAACCUCAAACCCGAGCAAUUGCUAGGCACAGUCAACCCCGACACCCUCCCCAAGGUGCAAGCGGAGCCGGCGGCACAGCAGCAGGAGGGCCCACCCCCCAUGGAAUCCCUCCUCAACAUGGACGACAUCGAAGAGGUCGCUACCAAGACAGUCAGCAACAAGGCCUGGGCCUACUACUACUCCGCAUCAGACGACAAGAUCUCGAAGCGCUUCAACACCGAAGUCUACCGCUCCAUCCUCCUCCGCCCGCGCGUCUUCAUCGACUGCACCAAAUGCGACCUGGACACCACCGUUCUCGGCAACAAGCUCGGCAUGCCCAUCUACGUAUCGCCCGCCGCCAUGGCCCGUCUGGCGCACCCCGCCGGCGAAGCCGGCAUCGCGGAAGCCUGUCGCGACUUCGGCGGAAUGCAGAUCAUCUCGCACAACUCGUCCAUGACGCCGGAGCAGAUCGUCAAGAACGCGGCGCCCGGCCAGACAUUCGGGUGGCAGAUUUACGUGCAGAUCGACCGCAAGAAGAGCAAGGCCUCGCUGGCGCGCAUCAACAAGAUCCCCGAGAUCAAGUUCGUCGUGCUCACGCUGGACGCGCCCGUGCCGGGGAAGCGGGAGGACGACGAGCGGCGCAACACGGUCGGGGCGUCUGCGCCCGUGCCCAGCGCGACCGUCGCCGCUGACAAGGCUGGGGAAGGAGGACCCAACCAGGGAGGCGGCGGCGUGGGGAGACAGCUUUUCGCGGGGACGGACCCGUCGCUCAACUGGCGGGAGACGCUGCCGUGGCUGGCUAAGCAUACGCAUUUACCGAUCGUGUUGAAGGGGCUGCAGACGCACGAGGACGCGUACAUCGCGUCGUUGCACACGCCGCAAGUGAAGGGCAUUAUCUUGUCGAACCACGGCGGACGAGCGAUGGACACGGCCCCGCCGGCGGUGCACACUCUGAUGGAGAUCAGGAAGUACUGCCCGGAGGUGUUUGACAAGCUCGAGGUGCUGGUUGACGGUGGUAUCCGACGGGGGACGGACGUCGUCAAAGCUCUUUGUUUAGGCGCUAGAGCCGUGGGGGUUGGCCGUCCUGCGCUGUGGGGCUUAGGUGCUGGGGGAGCCGAGGGAGUCAAGCGAACGCUUCAGAUUCUGUCCGACGAGACCAAGACCGCUAUGCGGUUACUGGGAGUGGAGAGGGUGGAAGAUCUGGGACCGCAGCACAUAAAUACCCGUCUGGUAGAGCAACAGAUAUACGAUGGACCGUCGGGCCUGGAGCCGCUACGGAGUGUUUUCCGCUCGAAGCUGUGAUGUGAAGAAUGGGGGUAGUUCUGCC